GAUGGUUAUUCGUGCUGCUGCAAUCUGGGAACCAUUAAUGUCCCUGUCUAUCCACGCUAACUUCCUUCGCGCUAUUGUAAUUUUGCCUGUUGUCUUGGUGUCAAACUGUUUGAAGGAAACUGGGCGUUUUAGAAGGCUUGAACCUGACAAAACAAUUUUCAAUGAGGUUUUGUCUAAUCAUGAAGCUGCUUCAUAUCAACUAGAUGGGCUACUUUCAAAUACUAACUAUGAAAUUAGAAUUUCCUACCCAGCUGUUGUUCCGACAGAUUUUGUUAUACGCAUACUAUGGCCUGAUCAGCAAUCAAGAAUCAAGUCAAGGCAAAUUCUAAACAUUGAAAAAACGACAUUCAAAACUGAUCACACAACUAAGGGAUAUGUUGCUGAGAUCAUAGCAUACAGGACAGGGUUUCCUUAUGAUGAUCGCAGACUCAAGGAUCCAGUUGUGUACAACAUAGUUCUAGAAACUUUACACUUUGGACUGUCACUUAAGUCUUGGCUGAUGGUUUGCUAUGCAUUCAUUCUCUGUAUUGUGUCUUUCAAAUACUUUGCUCCAUUGCUUUAUCAAUACAUGAUAGUUAGAAUCAAGAAAGAAGAACAUCAAAGUUGAGCUCCAAACAUGGCUUUACACCAUUUUCAAAGAAAACAUACUGCAAGCAGAGAGCAGAGUUCUAAACUGUAAUGGCGAAGGAUGUUCUAGUUUAUUGUCAAAUUGAAUUUUCACAUUUUAUGUUGUUAUUUUGAUAUUAUGAACAUCUUUAACAAGAAGGAAAAUUUAUUAUUAUUUUGGGAUGUAUUAAAACCAUGUAUGCCUACUAAAUGAUAGCCCAUAUUCCUUCAUUGCAAAUAAAACUUCAAAUGUGCUACAAUUAAUUUUUCAUCUUUAAAUCAGAAAUUAUAGCAACAAUGAAACCCUUUCUCAAAAUUUCUUGAUACCACUUAGAAAAUCACAUGAGUAGAAAUCAUCAGUUUACAUUUUGUAAAUUUUAUUUGAGAUAAAAUGAUAUUGCUUAUUAAUCUUCUGCUGGUCUUUUAGUUCCUCGUUUAUCUGUACUGUGAUCUGUUCCUUUAGGUUCUACCUUAUCUUUACCAUUGAAACAUGUUAGGUGAAAUGAAAUACACAUCAUAACCUUUUUUGGUGCCACAUUUCUCACCAUAUGCACUUUGCAAUCACCAACCUUGGAUCCCAAAAUUUGCCUCACCCUUCCUUCCACAUCUUGAAAUGGAUUCUCCAUCUUUGAAAAGCAGUAACAGUGAACUGUCAGACCACUUGUAAUUCUGCAUGCCAGUGUAUCAACAUAUUUGAAAACAUCUAGAAACUCUAUUGCUAUGGCAGGCAAAUUCAUUAUAAUGUGGGUGAUAUUUUUCGUUUGGUUGGCAUCUUGCAUUGUUUGCUGCUCUAACAAUCCUAUUCCCAAAACUUUUUUUAAAAAUUCUCUUCCAUCUAGAUUGUAGGCAACAACUUUGUUUGAGACUUUAUUUAUCUUUAUGUUAUGGAGUAGUGCUUUGUAUGAUUCAGGGUUUAGAUCAUUAGCAUACACAAAGCAUCCCUUUUUUGCAGCUGGAAUAGCAAAUGGACCAACACCUGCAAAUACAUCACAAACAACAUCAUUCUGAUCCAAAAUGCCUACAAUCCUUUGGUGUUCUGUUUGUAAUCUUGAAUUCCAAUAAACUUUAGAAAAGUCAAACUCAAAUUUACAGCCAUGUUGCUUCACAUGUGCAAACGUGUCAUUUUCACCAGCAAGUAGCUCCAUUUUAAAGAAUCGGAAUGUUUCUUCAAUUGUAUUUGUUUUAUUUACAACUGUUCUUAUAUUUGGGUUCUUGUCCAAAAUAACUGUCCCUAAAAAAAUCACAAAUGCUUCAAAGAUUUGAACACAAAAGUGCAAGAUGAAUCGAAGAAAUCAUGGUAACAUGAAUAUACACAGAAUCAAUUUUUUCACAUGCCUAGUUUAUAAAAGGAAACUUAUAACUGCUUACUCUGUCUAAAACUUUCAAGAACCCAUACUUUCUCUUUUAAACAAUCCUCAUAUUUUGCACAAAUCGUUGGUGCAAUAUUUCAAUAAAAUGCAUUGAAUAAUUCAAUUUAAUAUGAUGAUUAUAUCAGACCUAAAUUAUAACCAAUUCCUAUCCAGAACAUUUUUAUCCAUGUGCAAGGGGACUUCAAUUAAGCUGCAAAAUCAAGUUAUAAGUGCAAUUUCUGCUUACAGUUUUACCUCAGUGUGGGCAGGGACAUAUAGGGUCGCGUUAAGGAUUGGACAGAGCUGUUAAAACAGAUCUCUGCUCGCUGAAUUUUAGGAUAGUGGUCAUAAUUUUGCAACAAAAGUAGUGAUUAUUUUAAAAAUCUUUUGCAUCACACACUGAAAUAAGAGAUAAAUGAAUUAAAAAUCUCAACAGGAAAUAUAUCAGUGAGAAAUUGAACCAGUGUCCUUUGAGAAUAAAAAGUUUCUGUAAUUGGUAUAUUUAUGCCUAAGCAGGUUUUCUGAUAUAAUAGCAUAUAUUUGCAGUCCUUUUCGUUUAGCGCGUGCGAUCGCACCCGCACACGCCUGCACACGCGCAAGUUAAAUUGCGCGUGCUUUGACCACACGCGCAAACAGGUGUUUUUGCAGUUUUCUGUUAAAGGGCCUCUCCAGCCAAAUUUUGCACUUGCAUUUUAUUGGCAAUUUUUAUAAAGAAGUUGAGCCUGCUGCUCACGAAUUCGUUAUUUGUUUAUCGAUAUUUUUUACAGUUUGUGAGAUAUAAGCUCUUGCAUUUCGAUAAUUUAAUUGAAUUAACCGACAAAGAUUUUUGGUUUGGUGACACUGUGACGCAAUUUUGACGUCACAGUGUAUUUCGUUAGUCUCGCCUCAAACCGAAUCGAACGUCGGCGAUUCGCAAAUUGAACACUGCAAGUGAUGGUACUCUCAGUUCUGUUCCACCAGCUUUUAGUUUGAGCAUUUCAGACACCAAUUCUGAAGCCUUUAGUUGUUCAUCGUUUCUGGAGAACAACUGAAGUGACAAUUUCGAUUAAUUAUACGCGAGGGAAGAGCUGGAACAGGAACUGGAAUUGGAUGCAGUUAUCAACGCGUGACCAUGAGUCCUUCACGCUUCGGUGGAAGAUAUACGAAAUUCAUGGCGAACGAGAGCCACACAUUGUGACGUCAGAAUGUCACCAAACUGAUUCGGCUUUUGUCGUUUUUUUUCUCGGAAAGGUGCAACUGUAAAGCCUUACAACUUCUAAACUAAUUGGAAUUUUUCAAAAACAAUGACUUUGUCAUAAUACACGCACCAGAUGCUAACUUUUAAGUCAUUAAAAAAAUUUUUUUUUUGCUGGAGAGGCCCUUUAACAUCAAUUUCCCAUGGUCUCAUGAUUGUUUAUCCUUUCCCUUGUUACUUGAUUCGCACUUUUGACCACAAUAUGAUUUUUCCAAUUUUCGGAAGUGAUGUUUGGCUUUUGACUGAGUGCUCCAUUCAACUUAGCUCGUCUUUCAGCUAAGUCGCCAUUAGCAUGUUAAGUGUAAUAACUGAUUUCCUGUCAAAACGUAAUUAGGCCCUGAAAGCAAGUAGCUGUUGGAAACAAUUUUUACUUGCUCUUGUAACGUUGGAGAGUGACGACGACUUUUAAAAGAUGGCUGCUAAGGGCAACAACACCUGUUAUGUAUUGAUUAUUUUUUAGUUUUGCUCUUGCACGUAUUCGAGUGGCUUUUUCCUUCUUGCUCCUUUUACCAAUUUUAUCAGGUUUGUACUUCAAAUUUUCUUACAAGUGCGAACGCACGCGCAAAUUUGUUUACAUGUGCGAUUUGCCACACACGCGUAAUUUUGCUCACGAAAAGGACUGAUUUGCAUUCUAAAGUCGUCUUGAUGCCUGCAAUCCCCUCCUCCUGUUUAUAACUACACUUGUAUUCUAGCCCUUUACUGGGAUCCUAAAAGCUUCAAAUAAACAAAAUGAUGCUAUCAAUUACUAAAAUGCUUCCAAACCUUCCACCAAGAUCUUAUUUUGUUGAUACAACAACAUUUUUUUUGAGAGUAUGUACUGUUGUAUUUGACUGAUGAUUAUCUUAAUCUGAUCUGGCUCUAGUCCUACCAAAAUGCACAACACUUGCAAAUUUCACACUUGCAUUUGUAAAUGAUGUUUCCCCAUAUUCCAAAGAAAAAUGGCUUUUGUAAUUUCACAAAGCAACUAGUGGCAAUUUAAAAAACUAGAUCAUUUUGGAUUGAGCUAGUAAUGUGUUAAGCUGACUGAUAAUUUUAGAAUAUACAAAAGAUAGAGCUACUCUUGGAUGCUUAAUACAGGGUCGGCACUAGAUCAUAGCUAACCUACAUGAAGUCAUACAAACUAUGGCAACCUGAUGCAUAAGUGGUAGUAUGACCUCAUCGCAUUCAACCAUUUGAUGAAAGACUUUAUUGCAAGCGGCAUGAAAUUCAAUUCCUAUGUCAACUGCCAAUACCUCAGCUCAGUCAAUGUUCUGAACACUAAACUAUGGAUAAUGAAGACUGACGCAAUGGUUUUAAAAGAGACUUUGGGCUUGAUUAUAGCAAAUUUUGUCGGGGAACUCUCUUUUAAAUGCUUGAUAAUGUUCUUAUGCGACAAAACUAGUUAUCUGAAAUUUUAGCAACGGCUUCAUACAUAAUUAUCAAUUGCAGUUACUCUGACUCAGGCGAAAACGUAAGAGAGAGUUUUUUUAGCUGCACACGCACUAAAAUGAGUUCUUUAGAUUCAACUGUAAGAAAGUGCCAUUGCACUUAAUCCUUGGUUUGAAAGAUGUAUGACGUCAUGUACGUUAGCUGACUAUGAUCUAGUGCGGACCUUAAAACAGGGGGGGCCUUAUUAAUUUUCAAAAAUUUUUAUAUACAAGUACCAGUCAUUGGUGGAGCAGUAACCCUGUUCAGUGAUAUUUUUGAUGAAAUAGGGGCUACUUGAACAUAAAUCAAUUCAGAUAUAUGGAACCUUCUUUCUUGCUGUCUGCAGCAAAAAUACGAUGUAAUGUUUUGGCACUGCAUUGAUGCAAACUAUUUAAUCCUGAAUUCCAAUCAAAUUCGUAAAAAUUAUGACUCAUCUUAAUCUCCAUUGAUAGGCACUGUUGCUUUCAGUCAUUAAAAAGUUUACAGUAGUUUUGAUAGCCUAUUACAAAUGUAGAUAGUUUCUGUUGGCAGUCAUCAAAUAUUUGGCAAAACAAAGGCAAAUGCUGACAUAUGUCAUAUGAGGUAUAUCAUUAUCAGCUAUUCUAUUUGUUAUUUUGUCGUUGUUCAUUACCUCCAUUAAUUAUUUAUAGUUAAUUGCCAAAAGCACUCACCAAUAAGUUCUUUGAACUGAAGAUGACAUUCUCUCAAGUUCAUAUGUGCGAUGUGACCAACUGUUUCAAAUGCAGUUGUUACUUCCAUUCCGUCAGGCAAAACUGCAUCAAGUAUUUCAUCUGCUGUGAAAUGGUCAUAUGUACAAAUGAUCUGAUGCUGUGUCAGUUCCCCAUUGUUUUCUUUUAUACACAUUUGUUCAUCGGCUUUCAAAUCGUCAAUAUUUGAAAGGAUGGAGUCCAACAAUAACAAUUUUUUCUUGGCAUUUGUUUGGUCUGAAACAAUGUCUUUCAAUUUUGGCCGCCUUAACAGGAUCCUAGAAAGAGCCUUCCUUGCUUUGUUACAGUUUUUUGCAUCAACACGAAGAGCAGAGACCACAAAAGAGCACGAAAAGGCAGCUUUGUCUAAUGCUUGCAUGCCUAAAGGGAAAAAAACCACAAUUAGUUGAAAUAGAGGUUUCAAAUGAAAAUUGAAAGAUUAAUAAAUAUGUACUGUCCCUGAAACUUACAUCAACUAUCAGGAAAUUUGGUGGGAUUUAUUUUGGGUGAAGCUGGGAAAUUAAUCCCACCUAAAUUUUAAAACAAAAGUAGUUCAAACACUAGGAAUAUCUCUAAAUAUUUAUUUAAGACUUUCAAAAUAACAAAAAAUUUUCUUUGAUAUGUCAAAGAUGCAAAAGAAUGUACUGGAUUUCUGGCUGUCAAUUUUGAUAUCACAAUUGUUUACAACAUUGCUUGAGUAUUACUAUAUAUGCAAUAUGUAUCCAUUGUUAUUUUCAGUUUCUGGCUCUCCUUUGUCAUAGACAAAUAAGAUAUCCAGCUCAUCUUCACUCUCAGCUCUUUUGGCCCUACAUCUGGCCUGACCUCUAGCAUUGGCAGUGACAUUUGGUCAUUUGAUAAAUCUAGAGAAAAUAUCAUGCAUUUACAUUUUUU